GUCCAUGUUUUGUACUGGAAGUGCAGACACACCCCCAGACAAUAAAGGCUGUCUUUAUCAGUGGUCUGGCCAGUCAAUGACACUUGUGCUUUUCUCACAGUCUAUCAAAAGUCCUUUCUACUGUCUAGCCGGCGUUGAAGUAGCAGUAUAUCAGAUCAGAUGAUUCAGACAAAGGGAUUUAUUCUUUUGACAGCAUGUGCUGUUUUGUGCUGUGUAUUCAGCCAUCCUGAGCGCCCAGCCUUGCCCGACAGUCCAGAGGCGCGCGAACUCUUCCGUCUGGCGGAACAAAAUAGAACCAGCGAUGGCUUUCUCACCAAAGCCGAAGUAUACGACGUAUUCACAGACUUUGAUAUAAACAUGGACGGGUCAAUCGACGAGACCGAGUUCUUAACAGUCUGGAAGGCCAAAGACCUUGGAACGCCAGAGAGUGGCAUGACUCUCUUCCACCACGCCGAUACAGAUCGCGAUGACGUCCUUUCGAUAACUCCUGACAUGGACAGGGUGUUUUACUACUUUGACAGAAACCAGGAUGCAAAAGUAAGCCAAGCCGAAUUUGUGACAGUCUGGGUAGAGAUGUCUCUCUGAUAAACAAGCAACAUCAUCCAGAAAAUAGCCGAGUGUAAAUUCUGAUCUUCGAAUCAAUAAAAAAACAUCAUUUUAAA